GACAAAGUGGGAUCAGAGGUUUGAUGAAGACACGAGCCAACACUGAUGGAGACGUCUCUGAACGCCGUGGAGCUCCGCGAGCUGCGAGGAGGUCGGAAAGGCCCGCCCCCUACGGCGACCUCUGCCCCCUGGACAGCGGUCGGGGGGCCCUGUAGAGCCAGAGGCUUUGAGAACGCCUCCUACCAGCAGGACGAGGAUGUGGACCGUGCUGAGGAGGAUGAGCUGGGGUCGGCUGCUUCCGAGGUUAAUCAGACUUCAACUUUAAGAACCAGUAAAAAGCAGCCGGUUUCUCCACAGUCGUACGAUGAGGAGGAAGGAGUCGGCGGAGGGCAGGAGGACGGAGGAGGAUUCCCAGCGUUCAGCCCAGCCGACGAUCACUCUGCGGACUACGGCUUCAUCCUGGCGCUGGUGUUCCUGGUGAGCGGGAUCGUGCUGGUGGUCAUCGCCUACACCAUCCCCAGGGAGGCCAAGGUCGAUCCGGAUUCUGUGUCGGCGCGUCAGAUGGAGAAGCUUGAGAUGUACUACGCCCAGCUGGGCUCCCACCUGGACAAGUGCAUCAUCGCGGGCCUGGGUCUGCUGACUCUGGGGGGGAUGUUUCUGUCGGUUCUGCUCAUGGUCUCCAUCUGCCGCGGGGAGAUGUAUAGACGUCGAGCGGCCUUCGUCCGACCCAAGAGGACUUACGGCUCCAUCAACUUGAGGAUGAUGCAGCUGGCGAGCGGAGAGGCCGCAGAAGGCAGGGAUGGAGGCGAGGGCUUUCUGGUGGAGCAAACAGAACCAGAGACUAGCCAGGACCUGAAAUCAGAAGCAGGACCGAGCAGACUGUCCUGUGCUGCGUCUACUUCAGCCGCUGCAUGUGGAGUCUAACUUUGCUCUGCAUCCAGGCUGCAAAUGUGCGACCUUCAAUCGAGGGGUUGAGGUACCAGGAUCCACUGGGAUGCAGGUCCUCUGUCGGUGCAGGCAGGAGAAGAACAUCAGAAGCACAGCUUCGCUCCAGCUGUCCAGCUUUAUCCCAACUGGGCGAACCAUGAACCGGGCUUAGAGGUUAAUCUGAUCGGUCAAACGAAAUGAUGGACUUUAAAAGAAAGGACUGAGUGAGGAAGAGAGGUAAGGCAAUGAGGAUCAGAGCACAUUUAAAGAAGGGUUGAAUAUUAAAAACUAUAAUUCCUGAUAUUAAUACUAUUCAAUAAAAAAAAGCACAUUAUCUAGAAAACAGCAGAAAGCAGGAACGCUGCUUUGGUUUCAGCAGAGACCAAAAAAUUGUAUUAAUCUGCAUUCCACGACUUAACUAACAGACCACCUUAAAUCACGUUCAGCGCCUUUUAACUUCACAAAUCCACAGCUGUUAGACAGAGAAUACAUUCAUGAUUCAUUUAGUUCUAAGAAAAUUAAAAGCUAUUUAAGAUUUGUUGUAAAGACGUAAACAGGAGGCACAUUUUUUUCUAAAGUGACAUUUAAAUUCCUCAGCAGACAUAAAAGAAAAUGUCUGCACAACUAAAGCUACGUUCAGCAGCCUGAAGUCACCCAAAUAUGAUUUUUUUCGCCCAGAUGUGACCUGGAUCUAUGGAAGAGGAUUAGGGCCACUGGAAAAAUAAAAAAAAGUUAAAUUCAGUUAUUUUCCAUUUUUUGUGUUACUGACCCUCCAAACGACUCACAUCUUUGUCAGUGAAGCUGAGUUCUCCACAUCUCUGCCUUCAUGGUGCCCAUCUACAUUAAGAUCCACAAUUCUCAGAUUAAA